AUGGAAAAGGUGCUGGUCCCUUCUGUCACGUUAAUUGUAGGCUGUGGAGUAUCCUCGCUGACACUUUUGCUGUUGAUUAUCAUUUAUGUCUCUGUUUGGAGGUACAUCCGCUCGGAGCGCUCCGUCAUCCUCAUCAACUUCUGCCUCUCCAUCAUCUCCUCCAACGCUCUCAUCCUGAUCGGACAGACCCAGACCCGGAAUAAGGUGAUCUGCACGCUGGUGGCGGCUUUCUUGCACUUCUUCUUCCUCUCCUCUUUCUGCUGGGUGCUGACCGAGGCCUGGCAAUCCUACAUGGCCGUGACGGGCCGGUUACGGAACCGCAUCAUCCGCAAGCGCUUCUUGUGUCUCGGAUGGGGGCUCCCUGCCUUGGUGGUUGCCAUUUCUGUGGGAUUUACUAAAGCCAAGGGAUACGGCACCGUGAACUACUGCUGGCUGUCAUUAGAGGGAGGACUCCUCUAUGCCUUCGUGGGACCGGCGGCUGCUGUCGUUUUGGUGAACAUGGUUAUUGGCAUUCUGGUUUUUAACAAACUUGUAUCCAAAGAUGGAAUAACAGAUAAGAAACUGAAGGAACGGGCAGGGGCAUCCCUCUGGAGCUCCUGUGUGGUCCUGCCCCUGCUGGCUCUCACCUGGAUGUCCGCAGUCCUGGCCAUCACCGACCGGCGCUCAGCACUUUUCCAGAUCCUUUUUGCCGUCUUCGACUCCUUGGAGGGAUUUGUCAUCGUCAUGGUCCACUGCAUCCUCAGGCGGGAGGUCCAGGAUGCUGUGAAGUGCCGGGUUGUGGAUCGUCAGGAGGAAGGGAAUGGAGACUCAGGGGGGUCAUUUCAGAAUGGACACGCUCAGCUAAUGACCGAUUUCGAGAAGGACGUGGACAUGGCUUGUAGAUCAGGUGAGCACAUCACAGUGCUGAACAAAGACAUCACCACGUGCAGAACCUCUACCAUCACAGGGACCCUGAAGCGCCCGUCGCUGCCCGAUGAAGAGAAACUGAAACUCAACCACCAGAAAGGCUCAUCCAACUUCAACAGUCUUCCAGCCAAUGUCUCCAAGAUGCAUCUUCAGGGCUCCCCACACUACCUGGGGGCCAUCAACCUAAACGAGUUCAGCAACCACUCCCUCACCCUGAAGAAGGACAAGAACCAGCCACCAAAAUCCAUCUACAUCUGCGACGGGGACAUCUUCAAGAAGUUGGACUCGGAGCUCUCGCGGGCGCAAGAGCAGACUCUGGACACCAGCUACGUGAUCCUGCCCACCAACACGUCCACCUUGAGGGCCAAACCCAAAGAUGAGAGCAAAUACAGCAUCAACAUCGACCAGAUGCCUCAGACACGGCUCAUCCACCUCAGCAUGGCCACCGACCCCGGCUUCGUGGUCAAGAGUCCCCCGCGGGAGCCGGUGACCAUGGCGUGCAGCGAGGUGCAGGGUUCCUCCAUGAUCCAGCAGCAGCAGCAGCUGGCUCCACAGGGCAUGUCCAACGAGGCACAGAUUCCCAACAACCUGUGUGACACGGGUGACUCAGGGAACUCGGGUGUGGUGUCCAAGAGCGAGACCGUCUCCACCCUCUCCAUGAGCUCCUUGGAGAGGCGGAAAUCCCGGUAUGCAGAGUUAGAUUUUGAGAAAAUCAUGCACACAAGGAAACGUCACCAAGACAUGUUCCAGGACCUGAACAGAAAACUCCAGCAUGCAGAGAAGGAGAAGGAGUCUCCAACAACGGACAGCAAGCAAGAAAAACAGCAGACGCCAAACAAGAGACCCUGGGAAGGCAUCAGGAAAGUCCAGUCCCCGCCAUCAUGGGUUAAAAAGGACAUGGAACCUGUGGCACAGUCUCCCCUAGAACUAAAAACUGUAGAGUGGGAGAAAACAGGGGCCACCAUCCCCUUGGUGGGACAAGACAUUAUUGACCUUCAGACAGAGGUCUGAGCAGAAAGGGAAGAAAAAGGACUUCCUUUUUUUUUUCCAGAAAACAAACGAAACAAACAAAACAAAACCACGUUUUAAAGAAAUGAUUAAAUUAAAUCAGAACCAAGCAAGAGAAGUGUUUGGUUUCUUUUGAAACCUUUGGUAAGAUGGAGUAACUUUUGUAUUGUUCUCAGCAGAGAGGGGGAAUAUUACUUUAUAGAGUAUAGUAGCUGUAGGUUCAGGACAACAUGAGCUUUC